CAAGCCUAUACUCCAUGGUUGAGAUGUGUAAGAGCAUCUUCUUACAGUGCAACUGUACUGUGUAUAAAUAAUUGUACACACCCGUUUUUGGGAUCUUGAAUCUGCUCUGUAGUCAAUAUGUUGUGGGAAACAUGCUACUAGUAAACCACAUGAUCCAUGACAGAUUUACGGGACAUUCAGAGCUAAAUAGCUUCUGUACCGUGUUUGCAAUGUUAAACUAUCCCCCAGGCAUGGCACCUCCGACUGCAGAACCUGGUUAGGUCAAUGCAGAGAAUGCUAUUUUAUCAAAAUCGUACUGGUAGUCAUCCCUGUCUCUCUCCACUAAAGCACAAUGUCCCUCCGCCACGAUGAGGAACCCUCUCCCUCUUCUUCAAGAGCUUUGCGGCUAAGGAAUAAAUCUGGCAGCGAUGUACCUGCUAAACGGGUCAGGAUGGAUGAAGAGCAGGAAUCAGCUCAUUAAGGACCAGGUGACAACAGAUGAAGAAGAGGUCACUGAUGAGGAGACAGAUGAACUGCUCUAUGACACCACUGUGCUCAUGUGUGGGCUUGUAGUGUGCAAGAAGGAGCUGAAGCUGCCUAACAAGGAACACUUAAGUGUGAAGGAGGUAGCUAAAUACGCUAGGCAACAGAAUUCUCCACUACCAAAAACCCUGCAAGGGGAAUUCGUGUUCGUGUCUGGAGCCCCCAAGAAUGUGGCCAUGUUCACAUAUAAAAACACAUCGAGGUGUAGUUUCACCAAAAGUAAGCAUCACAAGCAGUUCCCAAUUAUCGGGAAGCCAACGAACUCUAUAGGCUUGCCUGAAAUAGCACCUUCCAACAUGAGGGGAAUGGGAAGCACAUAUCUUUUUCUCAGAAGUGCAAACUACACAAUGGUCAAGGGUAAGCUGAAUUUACAUCCUGUGAGUGCUACCCCAAAUCUGAGUAAGACUCAGGAGGCUACACGAACAAAUAAGCUUCUUGCAGCUCUGGAAGGGAUCAUCAACAAUGAACACCUCCCUCUUCAAGUUUUUCGUGCACCGAGGGAUUCAAACAGAUUCUCUCCAUUUACAGGGGGGGGAGACAUUUAUAUCCAUGCAAAAACUUCCACAGUUUCAGCAUGUUUGCACACUAACACAGAUGAGGAUGAUGACGAGGAUCAGGCAGUUGUGCAUGGUGAGCUCCGCUGCACAGCAACGAUUGAGAACAAGUUCCUGUCUGUAGCUACAGAAGACGAGGUGCGCAAGCAGCUGCAGGCCAAUAUGCUGGUUUGUGCAACAUCUCAACUGCACCAACUAGCCAAGAAUGACCCACAAGGUGUGAAGAAUAUCAAUGUAAUCACCACAUAUGGAGUUGCAAUUGGCACUAGUGUCAACCUCCCCUUGCUUCUUUUGAAACAAGUUGUACAUCUUGAAAGGUCAAUGCUUUGUUACGAGGAACUGUGGAGAAAACAAUGGACAGAAGAACAUUAUAUGCACAUUGACCGCGCACUUUCAUAUGUUUUUAAAAAACUGACUGAAUAGUAAUUGCCAUGCAUUAACACUCAAACUUAGAAGAUGUGUUCAUCUGACAUGCUUUACUUAUUAUGUUAAUCUUUGUUAUGCAAUGUGAGAAUGAUAAUAACAGACUUGCAGCUGGACUGCAGU